UUCGGUAGACUGUAGCUUUAGUUUCGGUUCUGAGUGCAGUGCACAUCGCCGGUAUUACGCCCUGUGUUUCUACGGGUAGGCCAUUAGCGGUGCCAGAAGCUACGAUACAGUUUUCGCUGCAUCGGUAUAUCUUCUUGUGCAACAACCGCGGCUCGGCACCCGAGCGAGUGUCAAGCGUGCGAGCUCUUCGUUCCGUGAGGGAAGAAGCUUCUUCUCGUGAGCCCGGAGUCGCAAGAUCACAGUCGCUGACAUGGGACCCAGCCUGGCGGCCGUGGCGGUACGCGACCUGAGACUGAGCUACAGCAGGAGCUCGCCGCCCGUCAUCGACGGGGCCAACAUGACCAUCCCCAAGGGAGCAAUCUACGGCUUGCUGGGCGCCAGCGGCUGCGGCAAGACGUCGCUGCUCAAGUGCCUGGUGGGCCUGUCCAAGCCGGACUCGGGCGCGGUGCUCAUCUUCGGACAGCAGCUGCACGAGGGGCUGGUUCCCGGACCGGGCGUAGGAUUCAUGCCGCAGGAGUUGGCGCUGCACUCGGACUUCACCAUAGCCGAGAACAUGUACUUCUUCGGCCAGCUGCUCGGCAUGCCUCUGAAGAAGAUUUACGAGAGGAUCGCUUUCCUGUGCUCCUUCUUCCAGCUGCUCCCCGCUAACAGAUUCGUCGAGCACCUCAGCGGCGGCCAGCAGCGCCGCGUGUCCCUCGCGGUGGCGCUGAUGCACCAGCCGCCUUUCCUCAUCCUGGACGAGCCCACCGUGGGUCUGGACCCGGUGCUGCGCGAGGCCAUCUGGCGCUACUUCCUCGUGCUGUCCGAGGAGAACGGCGUCACGCUCCUCGUCACCACCCACUUCAUCGAGGAGAUCGCGAAAGCCGCCAUGGUGGGCGUGAUGAAGAACGGCAAAAUCUGGUGUGAGCUGCCGCCUACCGAGCUCAUGGAGACGUACGGGGCGGCCACACUGGCCGAGUCCUACCUCAAGGUGUGCCAGGCGCUAGACUUUCCACCUCCACCCGCCGAAAAACAGGCGCAGCCAAUCCCUGAAAAGCAGAAGCCGCAGCCAGUGCCUGAGAAGCCGCAGCCCGAGCCACUGCGGCGCCCGCGGCUAGCACCUGCUACGCCAGUGCAGCCGUGUCCGGUGCCGGAAUCGCUGCUCACAUGGGCCAACUGGGGACCCGUGCGGAGCUGUCUCCGCCUGAGGGCGCUGGUGGUGAAGAACCUGCUCAAGAUUAUGCGCCGUGUCAUCACCGUGGUGUUCCAGCUGGUGGUGCCGUCUUGCGUUGGCGUCGUGUUUUGCCUGUUCGUGGGCGGCAAGCCCUCCAAUUUGCCCGUCGGAGUGGUGAACGAGGACCAGCACGGGGCCUUCAGCCGGGCCUUCCUAGGCGAGGUCUCCAACGAGACCGUCGUGCAGAAGCCGUACUCUGACCUCCACAAGGCCUUCAGUGCGGUGCUGGACGAACAGGCCUGGGGCACCCUCCACAUACCGGCGAACUACACGAUAGCGUUGAAUACCAGGGUGCACUCCGGCAAGAUCGAGGAUUCGAGCCCGCAGAUCCCGAUCAACUUCUUCCUGGAUGCGACCGACUACACCAUCCGCAACACCCUGCAGUUCGAGAUCGUCGAGGCGCACAGCAGGUACCUGAAGCUGCUCUCGUACAACUUGACCAGCUUGAACUUCUCCGUCCAGACGAUACGGUUCACGGAUCCUUUCUACAACGCCUUCGACUUCACGUUCCGGGAGUUCAUGAGUCCUGGCAUCAUCGUUUCGACGCUGUUCGCCAUGUCCAUGUCCCUGACGGCGCUCUUGCUCGUCGCCGAGAACCAGGAGGGAAUCCGGGGACGCUCUGUCGUGGCCGGCGUGACCUCGGUGGAGGUGAUCGUCGGCCACGCGGUGGUGCAGAUGUCCAUGGCAUACAUGCAGACGGUGCUCAUGCUCGUGGUGUUCGUCAGCGUCUUCGACACUCCCGUGCGCGGCAGCCUCGGCGCCGCCUUCUUCAUACCCGUGCUCAUGGCGCUCUGCGGCAUGAACUUCGGGUUCCUGACUUCGUCCGUCUCCAAGGACGAGGCGACGGCCCUACUGCUGUCGAUGGCCGCCCUCUAUCCGGCGCUGCUCAUGGGAGGUGUACUGUGGCCGGUGGAGGGCACACCGGCGGUGCUCCGUCCCGUGAGCUGGUCGGUGCCACAGGCUCUGCCUGCGCACGCCAUGCGCGGCGUGAUGCUGCGCAACUACACCUUCGACGACUCGCACGUGGUGCAGGCGGUCGGGGCAACGAGCCUCUGGACGGUGGCCUUCAUGGCGCUCUCCAUGAUCAUGUACUCGCUCUCCAAGUGAAGCGGCACGCAUUAUAAAGACGAUUGUA